AUGAUAUCCGCGUUCGCCCGCGCCUCCCUCGCCGCGCCCGCGCUCUCCGUGUUCCGCUCCCUGCUUUGCUCUGACUCCCUUCGCCCCGAUGACUACUCCUUCACCGCGCUCCUCAGCGCCGUCGGCCACAUGCACAACCUCGCGGCGUCGCACUGCACGCAGCUGCACGGAGCCGUCCUCAAACUGGGCGCCGGGGCUGUCUUGUCGGUGUCCAACGCGCUCAUUGCGCUGUACAUGAAAUGUGAUGCACCUGAGGUGUCCCGGGACGCACGGAAGGUGCUUGACGAAAUGCCGGUUAAGGAUGAGCUCUCGUGGACUACUAUAGUCGUGGGCUAUGUCAGGAAAGGCGAUGUCCAUGCUGCUAGAUCAGCCUUUGAAGAGGUUGAUGCAGAGUUUGAUGUCGUGUGGAAUGCGAUGAUUUCUGGGUAUGUGCAAUCGGGAAUGUGUGCAGAGGCGUUUGAGCUGUUCAGGAGGAUGGUGUCGAAAAGGAUACCACCUGACGAAUUCACAUUUACUAGCGUCCUGAGUGCAUGUGCAAAUGCUGGUUUCUUUCUUCAUGGGAAGUCUGUCCAUGGGCAGUUCAUUCGGUUGCAGCCAAAUUUUGUUCCUGAGGCAGCUUUACCUGUUAACAAUGCGCUGGUGACCUUAUACUCCAAGUCCGGGAAGAUUUCUGUUGCUGCAAGGAUAUUUGACAGUAUGACUUUGAAGGAUGUCGUUUCUUGGAACACCAUUUUGUCAGGGUAUAUCGAGAGCGGUUGCUUGGACAAUGCAGCUAGGGUAUUUAAGGAGAUGCCAUAUAAAAGUGAGUUAUCAUGGAUGGUGAUGGUAUCGGGGUAUGUUCACGGAGGUCUCUCAGAAGAUGCUCUGAAGCUGUUUAACCAGAUGAGGUCUGAGGAUGUCAAGCCAUGUGAUUACACCUAUGCUGGUGCAGUAGCUGCAUGUGGUGAACUUGGAGCGUUGAAGCAUGGAAAGCAGCUCCACGCACAUAUUGUGCAGUGUGGUUUCGAGGCAAGCAAUUCUGCGGGAAAUGCACUACUAACCAUGUAUGGUAAAUGUGGUGCUGUGAAAGAUGCUCGUCUUGUGUUCCUUGUGAUGCCCAAUGUUGACUCUGUCUCAUGGAAUGCCAUGAUUGCAGCCCUUGGGCAGCAUGGACACGGUAGAGAGGCACUUGACCUCUUUGACCAGAUGGUUGCUAAAGGCAUAUAUCCUGAUCGGAUUUCAUUCCUCACAAUUUUAACAGCCUGCAAUCAUGCUGGCUUAGUAGACGAAGGAUUUCAAUAUUUUGAGUCCAUGAAAAGGGACUUUGGCAUUAGCCCUGGAGAAGAUCACUAUGCCCGGCUGAUAGAUUUGCUUGGCCGGGCUGGAAGAAUCGGAGAAGCAAUGGAUUUGAUCAAGACGAUGCCUUUUGAGCCUACCCCUGCCAUUUGGGAGGCAAUUCUCUCUGGCUGUCGGAUUAAUGGAGAUACGGAACUUGGUGCUUAUGCGGCGGAUCAGCUCUUUGAGAUGAUACCGCAGCAUGAUGGCACAUACAUACUACUGUCCAACACAUAUUCAGCUGCUGGACGCUGGGUUGAUGCUGCACGAGUAAGGAAGCUAAUGCGUGAUCGUGGGGUGAAGAAGGAACCCGGAUGCAGCUGGAUAGAAGUUGGAAACAAGGUUCACGUGUUUGUUGUUGGUGACACGAAACAUCCGGAAGCGCAUGAAGUCUACAAGUUCCUUGAAAUGGUUGGUGCUAAGAUGAGAAAGCUGGGAUAUGUUCCUGAUACAAAGUUUGUCCUGCAAGAUAUGGCACCCCAUCAAAAGGAAUACGUAUUAUUUGCGCACAGUGAGAAACUGGCAGUUAGUUUUGGACUUCUAAACUUGCCUCUUGGAGCUACAGUUACAGUUCUUAAAAACUUGAGAAUAUGCGGCGAUUGUCAUACUGCGAUGAUGUUCAUGUCACUGGCAGUUGGACGGGAGAUUGUCGUUAGGGAUGUUAAGCGGUUUCAUCAUUUCAAGGACGGAGAAUGUUCAUGUGAGAAGUCCACUUUACAACCCUGA